UUAAAAAAGAUGAGUGAAAACAACAAUAGUAAUACUCUCCCUCCCCUUUUGCCGUCAACAGAUCGCCAAAUUCGAGCAGUUUUAAAUUCUACAACAAAACUUUCGUCCUUGGAGAAUAACUCAACAGCUUCCACUUCCUUAAUGUCCUCAACUAUGUCAAAUGCUCAUGCUUCGGGACAUUGGUGGACUGUUUUGAUUAUUGCAGCUGUCAUAAUAAUUAUACUUCUCUUAAUUGGAUCAUUUGUUUUCGCAAUUUUAUGGAGAAAGAGAAGUAGAAAAAUCCAUGGCGAGUACAAACCCCAGCAAGUUGAACAUCUACAUGCUAAAGAUUUACCGUAUAUAACACCACCAAACAUUGAAGGACUUAUGUGA